UACCCCACGGUCUCCUCCUCUCCGCCUUCUCACUCUGCCAUUGGUUAGCACGAGGCAGGCUCCGGGAUGAUGAUGCCUGGAAAGGGGGGUAAACUCGGAGCGCACGUCUCCCCCGCUGCGCACACACGCACAGCAAAAGUGAAGUGAAGAUGCUUCUUACCUUUCGUUCAACAGUACAGCCCGUAAACCAGUCACUUCUUCUGCUUCUUCUCCUCCUACCACAGCGCCAAACUGUCCCCUUCCCUGGUUUACGGAGCUCGUCCAGCUCGGAGGAGACGCGAGGAAGCACCAGAGAUCCGGAGCCCCGUCGCCCUGGUAGCGUAUCUGUGGAGAGCUACGCGUCGGUAUGGGUGCGCUGACAAAAGGACGUUACCUCUCCAUGACUGGCCUCCUGCUGCUUGUUUAUUGCACAGUGUCGGUGAUCUCCAAAGGUGCCACGGGGGAUGCUCAGCAUGACACCAUACCGUCAGUGCAGGGAACCUUGCCCCACUUCAUCCAGGAGCCAGAGGAUGCCUACAUCGUCAAGAGCAACCCCAUUAAGCUGCGCUGCCGAGCAGCACCCGCCUUACAGAUCUUCUUCAAAUGCAAUGGGGAGUGGGUGCACCAGAAUGAGCACUCUUCACAGGAGUAUAAGGACCUCAACACCGGGUUGAAGGUGCGUGAAGUGAUGAUCAACGUGUCCCGUCAGCAGGUUGAGGAUUUCCAUGGCCCAGAGGACUACUGGUGCCUCUGUGUAGCCUGGAGCCACCUGGGCACGUCCAAGAGUCGCAAAGCUACUGUCCGCAUUGCCUACCUGAGGAAAAACUUUGAGCAGGACCCCCAGGGGAAGGAGGUGCCAAUCAACGGGAUGAUCGUUCUGCACUGUCGCCCCCCAGAGGGAGUGCCUGUGGCAGAGGUGGAAUGGUUUAAAAAUGAAGAGCUGCUGAGCUCUCUGAAUGACGACAACAUCGACACCCGAGCAGACCACAACCUCAUCAUCAACGAGGCGCGACUGUCGGACUCGGGCAACUACACUUGUCUGGCCAGCAACAUCGUGGCUAAGAGACGCAGCGCCACAGCCACUGUGAUAGUCUUUGUGAACGGCGGCUGGUCCCUGUGGACAGAGUGGUCAGCCUGCAACGUGCCAUGUGGGCGUGGUGUCCAGAAGCGAUCUCGAACCUGUACUAACCCGGCGCCUCUCAACGGCGGGGCUUUCUGCGAGGGCAUGUCCGUACAGAAGAUCACCUGCAACACACUCUGUCCAAUUGAUGGAGGCUGGGAUGAGUGGAGUGAGUGGACCGUGUGCAGCAGCCAGUGCGAGAGACAGCGGAGUCGGGAAUGCAACUCCCCAGUACCCAGACACCGAGGCAAGAUGUGUGAAGGAAACAGCGAGGCCACUGAGAACUGCACAGAUGGAUUAUGUACCCAGAAUCGAAAGCUGCUACAUGACGUUAAACCUCAAAGUAUGGACAGCUCCAAUGAUGUAGCUCUGUACUCGGGCCUUGCAGCUGGCAUCAUCGCAGUGGCAAUCCUGGUAGUGGCCGUCAUGCUGUACAGGAAGAAUCACAGUGAAUAUGGCGUGGACGUCAUCGACUCCUCAGCCCUCGCUGGGGGUUUCCAGUCCUUCAAUUUCAAGACCACUAGACAAGGCAACCCACUGCUUCUCAACUCCUCGAUGCAGCCUGAUUUAACAGUGGGACGGACAUACAGCACUCCCCUCUGCUUCCAGGACAAUGCAGACAAAGAGCUCUUUGACGCCCUGCCAGACAUAAAGGUCAAAGUUCAGAGCUCCUUUAUGGUUUCACUUGGUGUGGCAGAGCGGGCAGAGUUCCACGCCAAAGCCCCUGCUGAGACCUUCCCGCGGGACCUGAGCCGGGACUACAGCAGUACUGUGGACAGACGCAAGAAGGGCCUACUCACUCUCAAUGGGCCCUUUAGCACCUGUAAAGAGCAGCUGAGGAUCACCGGCAUAUUCGGCCACUCUGGAGGACGUCUGGUGGUGCCAAACACAGGGGUCAGCCUGCUGGUGCCUCAUGGAGCUGUAACUGAAAAUGUGUCCUGGGAGAUGUACAUGGUGAUCAAUCAGGGAGAGGCAAGUGUCCAAACACUGGAAGGCUGUGAAAUCCUCCUGGGCCCUGAGGUGACGUAUGGUCCUCCAGAUCUGGAUCCCUUCUGCCCAGUGGCCAUGACCAUUGCUCAUUGCGCCGAGGUGGACGCUGAGAACUGGAACAUCCAGCUCAAGAGGAAAACCCAGGACAGCAAAUGGGAGGAAGUGAUGUCAGUGGAGGAGGAGUCUACUUCCUGUUACUGCCUGAUGGACUCGACAAGCUGCCACCUACUGCUGGACCAGCCGGGCUCAUACGCCCUGGUGGGCGAGCCCCUGACGCAGGCUGCUGUCAAGAGGCUGAAGCUGGCUGUGUUCGGGAGCAUGGAGGCCGACUACAUGAGCUACAGCCUGCGGGUGUACUGUGUGGACGACACGCCACACGCCUUUCAGGGAGUGGUGGCAGCAGAGAAGAGCAGAGGGGGUCAGCUCCUCGAGGAGCCAAAGAUGUUGCCUUUCCAAGCGAACACCUUCAGCCUCCAGGUGUCCAUCCAGGAUGUUCCCCAGUUCCUGUGGAGCAUCAAACCCUUUACCACAUGUCAGGAGUUCUCUUUCCCCCAAGUGUGGUGCAGCAACCAGCAGCCCCUGCACUGUGCCUUCUCUCUGGAGAGAUACAGCCCUGCCACCGCCCAGCUCUCCUGCAAAAUCAGCGUGCGCCAGGUCAAAGGCCACGAGCAGAUUCUGCAGGUCUACACGGCUGUGGCCGAGACAAAAGAGUCAGUUCCAUUUUUUAUGCAGACAGACUGCACCGUCACGUCCCAGACGGGGCCUAAGGCCUUCAAAAUCCCCUUGUCCAUCCGCCAGAGGAUCUGUGCCACCUUCGACACUGCCAACGCCAAGGGCAAGGACUGGCAACUCUUAGCCCAGAAACUCCACUUAGAUCGAAACCUGGGUUAUUUUGCAAAGCAGCAGAGUCCGUCGGCAGUCAUACUGAGCCUGUGGGAGGCUCGCCACCAGGACACUGCUGACCUUGACUCUCUAGCCAGUGCCCUCGAGGAGAUUGGAAAGAUCCACUCCAAAAGCUCCCCCAAGGACCAGGAUGAGCCGGAGUCUGACUUCAAUCACAUACAAGCAGACAGUCUGUGCGGAACGGGCACACUAACAAAUACGAUAGAGGACUCUGCUCCUGAAUAUACAGGCUGAGCCAAAAAAAGAGAAAGUGAGUGAAAACUGACAAACUAAGGCAUAUAUGUGUGUACGUGCACAGCCAGAGAUGGACAACACACUGUGGCAGAGCACUGGGAAGUCAUCAGGUUGUCAAUUAGUAGACGAUGCAAGCGGUCACCAUGCCGACCAAACAUAACAGGUCGAGGUGAGCCAGUACCUGCUGUGGAUCGAUCCCUCUCUCAUAACAAUCUGCCUGAGGAUGAACUGUAAAUCUUUUUCUGCCUUUCCACUCUAUUUUUAGUUCAUGUUUCAUUUAUUUGUUAUUAAUUUGUUAAAUCUGCUCCUCUGUAUAUUCAUUUUUCAGCUCAAAGGGUGGGGUAGUGGUGGUGAGGGAGUGGGUGUUCCCAGUGGUGGCAGCUGGACAUAUUUGCAUAGAAGUUCUUAUAUGCAAAUAAGAUAAUGUCAACGAUAGUGUCAACAAAUGAGUGAGAACUUAGAAGCUACUUUUUUGACGUCCGAUAUUAUAUUUUUAAAAGGAAGCUGCUGAUUGCUUAAAUGUUGUGAUUAUUAACUUUCAAAGCCAAGUAUCUUGAAAUUCACUCAUUAUCAUCCCUUGAAAAAAAAUCAAAAUCUAGUCUGUUGGAUGUUUCUGAUAGGCAGUCAGUGUUGUAUCAUCAUUUCUAAAAAAAAAUGUAAAAGAAAUCGGCCUCAGUCUAACCUUGAAGGACAGCACAGUCAGAGGGUGACUUCAGAUGGAAGAAAAAAAACCAUGCUUGUGGCGUAACGUGGCAGAGUGAGAUUUCUAACCGUGGCAUUACAGUCCAUUACAGCUUCCUCCACCAAGAGAUAGAGAGGGAGGAAGCUGUAAAACAUGAUUUCCCCGGCACCACAUCUCGCCGCGUCUUAUCAUCCAAUUCCCACCAUUAACACCCGUCACAUAGACCUCAUAUCAGGCCCUCACACACCCGAUAACCCCCCCCCCCUCAUCGUCACCUCCUCAUUGCCCUCAACACACAUGCAGACACACACGUUUGUUUUUUGACAUUUGAUGGUUACGGAGGUCAUGUGCACACAUACUGGGAGUUUGCAUAUUGUACAACAAACAAAAAAGAAACUCUGAUCUGAAAAACAGCAACACACUCAUACUGACAGAGGACGACAAGGGGCAUGAGGCUUGAAAUCCAACAGCAGUCACUGAGGUAAUGGUAACUGGUAAAAGUUGUCUGAUCUCUAGUCCGAGUAGUGAAAUUGUCUGACCUUCAUCAUGAAGGAAAAAGAUGAAGAAAGGCAGUGAACUCAGUAAUGAAGGUAAGACGAGAUCCAGUUAUCUACUGUGCCAGUUUCAACACACACACAUACAAAUACUUGAAUGAAUCCUUUUUACAUGAAAUGUAUUCAGAAACAAUAUCCACCUCAGUGCUGCAGAGAGGUUUACAUGCUGUACUUCAAAUCACAGUCUGCAAGAGAUAUGCAUGCUGGGUAAACUCCCUAGUGGUAUCUAGCCAUGCAAAUAGUGUUUCUUCAGCUUUCCAGAUAUCUGCCUGUGAUUUCUCCGCCCUGGGUGAAUGGAAUGUCAAUGUUGGUGUGUGGUGAAAGAUUAUGAGCAGCGAUGUAUCUUUCCACAAACGAAACAAAAGUCCUGGAAAACCCACAGAACAUUCUGUUAGCAGGUUUCAUGCAAACACCAAGAUGAUAUUCCAUUCACCUCAGCUGUACUGAAGUGGAAGCAGAAAUGUCAGUGUCACAUUUUUUUAAAAGAAGUAUAUUGAGUGUAUACAUGUAUCCUGGUGUCCUGAUAUGGUAGGCUAAUUGAUGCACUCAUUUUAUACUCAAACAGAGGAGAACUAGUCAGACAUGUGGAGCUGACUGUAUACAAUUCCAAAUGUUUCCUUCCUGUUGUCACACACCAAUCACACAUCUGCACCUUUGUCUUCAUACACAGUCUGUGUUCUGAAGGUAUGACCUCACACUCCCUACAUUCCUCUGUGGUUCGGUCGCACAGUAUAGCAGCAAUUAGUUAUUUUCCUGAUGUCUAUCUGCCCAGAAUAUUCAAAUGUUUGCCUGGGAUAAAACAUAGAACGGCCCAUUAUUUUGAAACCCCAGUAGUCUGAAAAGUAGCGCACUGGACUAACAGCCUCUUAUUAAACAAACACUGCUCCAAAUGUCCCGACAGAUUAGUGAUUGUUAUCAUGGCCAUGCUGAAUUUGGGGUUUUAUAAUCUUUCUGACCAUGUUCUAUUCCCACCAAAACUGCAACCAUCACCUGAAAUUUUAUUUUGACAUUGCAUAUUUAUUAUCUCUAACUUGACUUGACCUGACAACAGAGAAUACCAUGUCAGUGUCACCCUGCUUAGGUGGACCAGCAUUUGUAUUACAUGCCUUAGCUUGGUUGGUUGGUUUUCUUGCAGGAUAACAGGCUGUCAGCUAAUCAAAGCUAAGCUUUACGAUGGAGUGCUUAGGUGACACAAUGGGACUACAUGUACUGUACGUCUGUGUUGAUAGCACCUGCUUCUGUAAAUCAUUAUUAACACGAAUAAACAGGUAAAAGCUCAUUUGGACUGGAAGACUUUGACAUGAUGCAUCUCACUCACGAAGACUCUUCCUUAGUAAA